ACUCUCGCAGCCCGCACGCAGCUCUGCUUCCCGUGCAGGAGAUGCAGCUUAAUUAACGUGGCCAAAUGCUUUUAGCAGCAAAUUGCCCUAAUGGCACAAAAGUCCCAGAGGGCAGUGAUGCUGUGGGGACACUGGGGGAUGUGGGACUGUCAACAUCUGGUGACUCCAUCGCAUCAGGCAGCCUAGGACCACAGUCCUCCUGUCCUGUGUCGGGUUUUCAGGGCCAUUCUGACAUCAGGAGGUGUCGCUGCCCCCUGUGGGCAUUCUGCACCCAACCACACGCAUGGGACCCAUGGAGACGCAGAUAGACCCCGACACGGCCGCAGCCAUGGCCAUCCAGGCAUGGUGGCGAGGGCAGCUGGUGCGGAGGGCACUGCUGGUGGCGGCCAGCAGCGCGCGGCGCAUCCAGGGCUGGUGGCGACGGGUGGGCAGCCAGAGGAGGGAGCAGCAGCGCCUGUGGGUGCUGGCCGAGUACAUCAAGCUGGAGCGAGCCGUUGUCCUGCUGCAGGCUCAGGUCCGGGCGUGGGUGAUGCGGACGGAGUACAAACGCUGCCGGGAGGCCGCCCGCACCAUCCAGACCUGCUGGCGGGGGUACGUGCAGCGCCGGGCCAGCAACUGCACCAAGGAUGUGGAUCUGCACAUUGACAUCGUCCUGGGCGUUCCGGGUGACUGUGGAGACCAGAGUGAAUAAAGCACCGUCCCCACGGAGGGAUGGCCGCCCGUGUGGAUGCUGA